AAUAGUGUCCCUGGUGGACGAUUUCCCGAUGGUGCAGCGCCACAAGGGCUGGCAGUUCGGCUACCUCGCCAGCAACGCGACCCGCCGCAUGACGUACUUGAACUGGGUGCCGGCCGAGGCGGGUCUUCCCAGAGACGGCCGCUGGUCGUGCGGAACUCAUGACUACCCCUCAAUGCACCACUCGCUUAUGCACCCCUGUGCCGGCACCGAGGGCGGCUGCUGCGGCAACACCGGCUUCGCGCCGUUUCUGCUCCGCUACGAGUCAUUCUUCCACUCCACGAACGCGCUGCUCGUGCUCGCCUACGAGGUGUGGCCAAUCUGCGGAGACGGAAUGGAUUUCGUAGUACGGCUCAAGCCGAACGGGCCGAGGCGCGCGCAGACGCUUCUCAAACGCGCGUACGACGCAGAUCCCAACGCGCAGCCGAAUCGGCAGAAAAUUGAGUGGCGCAUGCACAUCCGCACCGGGGAUGUUUUGGACUUCACGGUCGAGCCGAGGGGCAACCACGACUGCGACGGGCUCUACAUCGUCGACGUGCAGAUUUGGAUUGAUGACUUCGCGCAGAGCGUGGAGUGGUGAGAAGUAGACUAUGACAGGUGGCGGGGUGGCUGUUGCCAGUUAUGGCUCCGGCGCUUUAAAGUUCGAAUUCUUGCAGAGCGCGCAAGCUGCCCCCGGCAAAGAGA